UUUCAGCUCUAUUUAGGACUUUACUAGUGAUUGUAAAGCGAUGGAACAGAUUUUGAUGAAUGCUGGUUCUGCCUGGAAAGAUUUUGCUUAUGAUUAAUGUGGAAAUGGAUUUCUCAGAGGCGUAUACUGAUAGAUGUUCUUCUGUCGGACAUGCAGCUCGGAGAGGUGAUAUAAAAUCCUUGAGGAAACUAAUUAAAAAAGGAUCCAGUGUGGAUGUGCCUGAUAACAGAGGAUGGAUGCCGAUCCAUGAAGCAGCUUUUUCCAAUGCGGCUCAGUGUUUACAGCUGCUAAUUAGCUCAGCUCCAUCCAAGUCAUAUAUCAAAUCAAAAACAUUUGAAGGUGAAUCAGCAUUGCAUCUUGCAGCCAAAUGUGCGAGCGUACAGUGCGCUGAACUUCUCCUUGGAGCUGGCGCUGAUCCCAAUGACCUGACCAAUGAUGAAACAACACCACUCUUCUUAGCUGUGGAAAGUGGACCGGAGGACCUUGUGAGGCUGUUGUUGAAAUAUAAAGCAAAUGUGAAUGGACCGCAUUCUUGUUCUGGGUGGAACCCUCUACACCAAGCUUCUCUUAUGGAACGUACAGACCUCAUACAGCUACUCCUGGAAAGUGGUGUAGACAGAGAGUGUGAAGACGACUUUGGCAUCAGACCUUUGUUCAUUGCGGCACAAUAUGGAAAAUAUGAAAGUUUACACCUACUUUUAUCACAUGGUGCUGAUGUCAACUGCCAAGCCAAGGACAAGGCAACUCCAUUAUUCAUCGCCGCUCAGGAAGGCCAUGAGAAAUGCACAGAGCUGUUACUGAGCAAGGGAGCCGAUCCAAACCUCUACUGCAAUGACGAGGCCUGGCAGCUGCCAAUACACGCAGCUGCACAAAUGGGCCGCAGCAAGAUCCUGGAAAUGCUGAUAACAGUGACUGAUCGUGUUUGUGACACUGGGAAGAGUCAGGUCAGUCCUGUGUACUCUGCAGUCUAUGGAGGACACAUAGAAUGCCUGGAGAUGUUACUGGCUACAGGUUACAGCCCGGAGGCUCAGGAGUGCCAAAUGUUUGGAUGUAAAUCACCAAUGUGUAUGGUCAUUCAAAAAGGGCACUCCAAUAUGGCAUCGCUGCUCCUGAAGUAUGGGCUGAAGCUGUCAAGCUUAUAUUUACAGAAUUGUUUAGAAUACAACAAUUUUCUUUUAUUCCGCUACUUUCUGAGCCAACACUGCCCAUUGCCCUCUAGGGAAGAACUUGAUGCAUUUAAACAGCAGUCAUCUAAAAGCCAUCACAAAGAAUGGCUGCCUUACUUACUACUGGCCGAGCUCGAUGCUGCACAUUUGCUGGACGCCACAUGGAUCCGUUCUGUAAAUGAUGACAUUCUUAAUUUUACUCUGGAGUUCACUAAUUGGAAGAGGCUCUCUGCAGAUGUGGAGCUGCUCCUGUCCACCCACGCAGAAUAUUUCACCUGGAUUCCACAGAAGCAUUUCGAAUCUAUCCCACCUUUGACACACCUUUGCCGCCUUCAGAUCCGCUCCAUCCUUAAAACAGAGCGUUUACGGUCUAAAGACUAUGUAAGCCAGCUGCCAAUCCCUUCCUGCCUACAAGAAUAUCUUCUCUAUUCCAAUGUGUUAAGUUUCUAUGGCAUUUCCACAGGAGACAAUUUUCAGGAGAAUAAACUGCAAAAUAUCACCCAAGAAAGUGAUUGAUUGAAAUCUGUCUAUCACUGGCACUGGACUACUAGCUGGAUUUCAACAUUGUAUACUGCGUGUAAAUAUUCCAUUUGGUAAAGAAAUCUGGAGCUGUACAAAGCUGUACUGACAUGGAAAGCUGUGUC